AUGUCAAACGAAAGACGAGACCCAUACUUGAAUCAUCCCUACAUCUUGUUCUACUACUGGAAAGUCACAUCUUCAAACCCAUUCCACCUCGCAUGCAUGUCGCAAUGGUUCGCGAAGACUUUCGUUGAUCCGAAUCAUCCCAAUGUGACCUUCAAAACUGCUGAACAUUAUAUGAUGUAUCACAAAGCGCUCAUCUUCGAUCCAGAAGUAGCGGAUGAUAUAGUCAACGCACCUACUCCCGAAGAAGCAAAGGAAAGAGGUAGAAAGAUCAGGAACUUUGACAGGAAGAAAUGGGAUGAGACAAGUGAUGAUGUCGUUGAACGAGGAAAUUAUCUUAAAUUUGGACAGAACGAAGAGUUGUUGAGAGUGAUCCUCGGGACUAGACGUAAGACCUUGAUCGAAGCUAGUCCGACCGAUAGGAUAUGGGGCAUUGGAUUUGGUGUUGAUGAUGCCAAAGGCAAAGAGCAGGAAUGGGGAUCGAAUCGGAUGGGAUUGGCUUUGACACGUGCAAGAGAUAGGCUUGUCAAAGAACACGGACAGGAUUUCACGGCACAAGUGGACUAA